GAAAGAAUCUAUUUUUUUUAAUUAAAAAUAUUAUAACAUCAGAAAGCUGUGUCUUUUUGUCCGAAUACGAACACAAUCCGUAUAUAAAGCAAAACCCACAUUGAAUUGUCCCGAAGCUGCAUCUCAGACGAUAGACGGCGAUACCUCCAGAAGAAAACGAACAGUUCACUGCUCCACGAAAACCCUACCGCCGCCCAAGAAUGCUCGGAGCUCCGGCGAUAGCUCAUCACCGUCUGUGAAGCUCCGUCAGUCCAAUGACUUCAAGACGAAAAUCGUUGAUCUCUUCUUAUUGAUGUGCUUUCGCUGCUCCAAGUGCCAAACACCAGAAUCUGUGAUCGGAGAAGUGGAAAUGUCGCCGUGGAAGUUGGCGGAGAAGGCUCGGAGAGGACUGCGGACGAUGUUCUUCGUCGUGGCCAUGGCGGCGUCGCUGCUCGCCUCGUCGCUGCCUGUGCUCGUGGCGGUGGCGGACGUGGCGGUCACGUGGGCCGUCAUCUCCAGCCUCACGUGCCUCACGUGCUGCGGUGUUGGGGAUCAUCUCCGUCAGUACAGUUUCAGGAUCUCACUGAUCGAUGUACCCUUUGUCUCCUCCUUCAGAUCUCUCGCAUUUAUCUGUCUCUCGUAUCUCUGCCAUGACCCGGCAGUAGCUCACGGUCCUUACCUAGGAAUGGUGUCGCUGUGUUCCUUUGGUUCGAUUCUUCUUGUUUCGCUUAAAGCUUGUGUUUUCACUCACAUGGAGGUAGAAGAAGCUUCAUCCUCAUCCUCAGUUGAAUGGCCAAAGGCCCACCUCAAGAACUCCUGGGGGAUGCCGAUCUUGCUUCUUUCGUUCGUUAUUUUCGGUUUCACUCAUGUUUUCGUGGCUUAUCGAGCAAAAUGCCGAGCAAGAAGGAAGCUCCUGUAUCACAAAAUCGACCAAGAAGCAGUUCUGUCAUGUAAAAUGGGGUUUUCUGGCUACCAGAAGGCUCAUUGGAGAUCUCUCACUUUCUCGAGCGAGAAAAUGCUAAUGUAUGACAGUGAACUCAUGCGAAAUCCUUUCAGAGGGACGGCAUCAGCUUGGAAAGGAGAAGAAGGACUUCAGCCGAGAGCGCUUGCUGGUCCUGACAGCUUAUUCAUCACAAUCCGAGGGUUAACCCUCCAUUACAAGCUUUGCUUACCAUGUGGUCCUCCUCCUCAUAAUCUGUCCACACAAGAAACGGGUGUGAGAAGGCUGAGGCUCGACAAGCAGGUGUCAAAUGUGACAUCACAACCACGACGCCAUCAUCUGCAUAGAAGCUACAGCAUUCAGUUAGACAAAUCUUCUUUAUACGAUCCUCUCUUGAACAGUUAUCUGACUUCUCCCAUUAGUAUGUUUCACACCUAUCAAAACAAUGAUGUGAAUCAUCAACUGGGUUCUACAUCACCAACGGGUCCUUUGGAUGGAAAUGGCCGUUUUGGUGUCGUACUAGUCCAUGGCUUUGGAGGAGGAGUCUUUCAAUGGAGGCAUGUUAUGGGAGAAUUGUCUCAGCAGCUUUGUUGUCCAGUUGCUGCAUUUGAUCGGCCUGGUUGGGGAUUGACAUCAAGGCUAUUCCGAAAAGAUCUGCCCAAUCCUUACAUGCUUGAAAGCCAGGUUGAUUUGCUUCUUUCGUUCUGUUCCGAAAUGGGGUUUUCUUCUGUGGUUCUUGUUGGUCAUGAUGAUGGAGGUUUGCUCGCUCUUAGGGCUGCAGAAAGAGUCCAAGCACCAACAUCCAACAACAGUGUAAGUAAACUCUUCAAAUUCACUGUCCUGCCUAAAAGGAGUAAUAUUGUUACUUAUAAAAGCAUCUGCUACAUAAUCCAGAUUUCAAUAAAAGGAGUUGUUUUGCUGAAUGUUAGCUUAUCAAGAGAAGUAGUUCCUCCCUUUGCAAGGAUACUUCUCUACACAUCUCUCAGGAAGAAGCACUUGGUCCGUCCUCUCUUACGAACCGAAAUCACCCAGGUGGUGAGCCGCCGUGCAUGGUGUGACACUGCCAAGCUAACAACCGACACCCUGAUGCUCUACAAGGCCCCUCUAUGUGUAGAAGCUUGGGAUGAAGCACUCAGUGAAAUUAGCAGGUUAUCAUAUGAAAUGGUCCUCUCAUCGCAAAAUGCAGCAUCUCUGCUGAAAUCCAUAGGAGAUCUUCCGAUCUUGGUUGUUGCAGGGGCUGAAGAUGCACUCAUCCCAUUGAAAUCCGCACAAGUUUUGGCUUCAAAACUUGCCAAUUCUAGGUUAGUAGCGAUAAAUGGAUGUGGCCAUCUUCCGCAUGAAGAGAGUCCUGAGGCACUGGUUUCUGCUUUGACAUCCUUCAUAAGCCGGCUGGUACCUAGACCACCAGAGACAUAAACUCCAUGGAUAUA